AUGACACAUCUAGAACAGCUUCUAGCUGUUGCUGCUCUCGUUACUGGCGUGACAUGUAUUACAUUUGCUGGACCAAUAGCUACGCCUCUAGUUCCUCAGAGGCUGAUCGACGGAUGGAGUCCGAAACCAACACAGGGCCCAUCGCCGAAUGAACUUCGAAAGAGACAAUUUGACUCUUCAGAGACAUGUGGAUGGGUAGAUGGCGACUUUUCAUCUCAAAUAGGAUGUUCAGUUGGAGCCACCUGCAUGCUCCUCACAGAUAUAUCACCUGGUAUGGCUGGCUGUUGUUCAGCCUUUGACUUCCAGAACUGCGGCUACGUCAACACGUGCAUGGACUAUUCCAGCAUGAUGGGCGGCGCCUGCGAUUCCGACUGCAUGUCCAACACAUUCAUCAUGAAGUGCACAGACAACAUCUCCCCCUACUGCGUCUCCUGGACCUAUAUCUCCGACAAUGUGCAAGAUUAUGGCUGCGGGACCGAAUCCUUAUCCAUCUUUGAAACUAUCCAACAGGACGUCACUGACGCCGCAAAUUUCAUCACAACUUCGCUCUCCCUUCCAUACGUCGGCGCCAACAUCGUCACGGGCUACCAAUCAACAGCAACAGCCGCCGCUAUCACUACCACCAAGACUGCAAAGGCAUCGCGGACGUCCUUAGACGCGACUGACACAACCAACCUCUUCUCCACAGCCACAGCUGCCCCCUCCACCAGCUCCACAACCACCAAAGUCCCCAUUGGCCUCAUCGCCGGCGUCGCAGGCGGCGCCUUCUUCCUCCUCCUCGCCAUCGCCAGCCUCAUAAUCUUCUUCUGCCUCCGCCGCAAGCAAAAGCGCGCGGCCGCCUCCAACGCCGCCGCGCUUGCAGCCGCAACAGCAUCACGGCCGCAAUCACAAUACUACCCUAACAACACCCGACCACAAUCGCUGUACCAACCCAUGCAGCAGACUCCUAACCUCCCCCCGCCCAUGCCCGCGGCGCCAGAGGGCUACUCGUACUUAGGGCAGCCGAACCAGCCGUACAAUCCCGAAUCGAAGUUUGCGACGCAGACGGUCAGCCCGGUAUCUGCGCCGCAGACGCCUGCGCCGGCUUAUGCUGCGCCUGUGGGGUUUCAGACGCCGGGGGCGGGUGGGUAUGCGCCGUUGCCGGCGGCGAGUCCGGGAGCGUUGCCGCGGGGGGUGGUGGAGGUGGAUGCGACGAGUAGGCCGCAUCUGGCUCAAGGGGGUGGGCCGAUUUACGAGAUUGGGGGUGGGAAGUAG